GAUCACCUGGCCGACCACUCCACCCGAUCACCUGGCCGAUCACCUGACCGACCACUCCACCAGAUACUUUACCCCCCUCGCCGCUCUCGUCAAGGCCGAUCCCGUCAAGGCCGAUCCCGCACAGCUCGCGCGGCUUGCUGCCCUCGGCAUGGAUCUCCCAAACUCGUCCGAUGGCUCCAGCUAGACUCAACCAGUGGGUAGAGACUCUGAUCGUGGAGAAGCAUGGCCCCGGCGAAUCGGAAUAAUGCCCGCUUGGCGGCGAAACGCAGGAGCGCGUGACCUUGAUGAAUGCACAGAAGUUUGAAGGAGAACACCAGCAGCUUCUCUCUCACGACCUUUUCCGUCAUGAAGACCUUUAUCUUCCUUGCUGUUCUCGCUCUCUGCGCCAGCGCUGUCCUUGCCAACACCUGCGGCGGUAACUGCCCGUCCAACGACUGCACCAACUGUCUUUGCGGAACCUCCUCCUCCUAUGUCUCCAUCUCCGAGUGGUGUGCCAAGUUCUCCGGCUGGGACCAGUCCCAGUGCCAGUGCAUUGUUCAUCACGAGUCGUCGGGCAACGCCCACGCGCAGAACCACAACACCAACGGAUCGAACGACAUUGGUGUCUGGCAGAUCAACUCGGUCAACUGGGGCUCAUGCUCCAAGGGCCGCCCGCCGUGCGACGCCAGCUCCAACCUCGCGUGCGCCAUCCAGGUGUGGAAGUGGGGUGGCAAGUCGUUCCGUCUCUGGUCUACCUGCUCUGAGUGCGGCGCCUGCUAAUCACCCGGCCGCGUGUGACCAGCGACAGCAGAUCGCCGAGCUCAAAGUGGCGCUUGCUCCGUCGAAUACACACUGUUAUUUUGUGCAAAAGA